CUCUCCGCCCAGUGCGUGAGUGUGUGUGAGUGUGUGGACGGGAAGAUAACAGUGGAAACGGGGCAGGGUUUCGCCCGCACUUGAACGCAGCCCUCGACGCGCGCACGGUGCCACUUUCUCACUUUCUCCCCGUUUGCGCCGAUGUGAGACUUGGACUGCGCCGUCGUCUGUCCCCCCCUGUGCGCGCUCUUCUGCAGCAGACACCCGGCGGCGUUUGCCCAACUUCGGGAAGUGUGCGCCGUUUGCUGUGAGCGCCGCGGAAGGAGGAAUGCGCGGAUUUCUCGGCUGCUGCUCCUGCACGGUGUCGUCGUGACUCCGGCCGAUCUCUGCGGGGUUUGUUGUUGUUUUUCUUUGACAGUGACCAACAGACAUGCAGCACAACAAUGUGGACUUGCAGCGUCGCCUCUAACCGACUGUCUACCUGUGUCGAGGCGCGGCGCGUCGCGGCCCCCGCGCGGACGCGCCAUGGGUAACCGCCGUGCGUAACGCUGGCUCUCCAUGGAGGACUUCUUGGCGGAGGAGCCGCUCGCAUCGCGAUCCACACUCGGAGCACGGUGAGCGAUAACUUGAAUCAAAGAUGAGUCAAGAGCACGGCGGGAUAUCCCUGCAGGUGCCGAGCCUCAUCGGCGCUUGUCCCGGCAAAGAGAGAAGCGUUGGGGAGAGCGUCAUCAACAGUAGCGGUGCGGGAGAUGGAGGCGGCGGCGGCUCCGCGGUCCCCGCAGCCGGAACUUUCUGGCAGGACUCGGUGGUGAGCGGCGGCGGAGGCGGCGGCGGGUACAGCCCGACCUCCGGCGGCUGCCCGAUGGACGGCGGGGGCUUGCUGUCCACGGGGAAGACGUGCAAGAGCAGGCCGGUGACGGUGGCCUACGUGGUGAACGGCGAGGCCAGCCAGCAGAACAACGCGGAGAGCAUGGCCCUGCAGUGCCUGAAGGACGCGUGCGACGCGGCCGGCAGCCGGCUGGAGACCGUCAACUUUGGCAAACUGGAUUUCGGGGAAACCACGGUGCUGGACAGCUUCUACAAUGCCGACCUCGCCGUGGUGGAGAUGACGGACGCCUUCCGCCAGCCCUCGCUCUUCUACCACCUGGGCGUCCGAGAGAGCUUCAGCAUGGCCAACAACAUCAUCCUGUACUGCGACACCAACUCCGAGUCGCUCCAGUCCCUGCAGGAGAUAAUUUGCCAGAAGAACACUACGUGCUCGGCCAAUUACACCUUCAUCCCGUACAUGGUGACGCCGCACAACAAGGUGUACUGCUGCGAGGGCAGCCUGAUGAAGGGCCUGACGGAGCUGAUGCAGCCCAGCUUCGAGAUGCUGCUGGGGCCCAUCUGCAUGCCGCUGCUGGACCGCUUCAUCCAGCUGCUCAAGGUGUCGCAGGGCAACUCCCACCAGUAUUUCCGUGAGACGAUUCUGAGCGAAAUCCGAAAAGCUCGCGAGCUGUACACUGGCACGGAGCUGGCCGCCGAGCUGAGCCGAAUCCAGCAGCGGCUGGACAACGUGGAGUGCCUCUCUGUCGACAUCGUCAUCAACCUGCUGCUGACGUACAGGGACAUCCAGGAUUACGAGUCCAUCGUGAAGCUGGUGGAGACGCUGGAGAAGCUCCCGACCUUUGACCUUGUGGCCCAUCCCCAUGUGAAGUUCCACUACGCCUUUGCACUGAAUCGGAGGAACCUGCCCGGCGACAGACAGAAAGCCCUGGGCAUCAUGCUGCCCCUGGUGGAGGACGAGGAGAAGGUCGCCUCGGACAUCUACUGCCUGGUGGGACGGAUCUACAAGGACAUGUUCCUGGAGUCUCACUUCACCGACACGCAGAGCAGAGACAACGGCACGCUCUGGUUCAAAAAGGGGUUCGAGUCGGAGCCAACGCUGCACUCUGGCAUCAACUAUGCCGUUCUACUGCUGGCGGCCGGACACCAGUUUGAGACGUCGCUGGAGCUUCGCAAAGUGGGGGUGAAGCUGAGCAGCCUGCUGGGUAAGAAAGGCAGCCUGGACAAGCUGCAGAGCUACUGGGACGUGGGCUUCUUCCUGGGCGCCAGCAUCCUGGCCUGCGACAACACCAGGGUCAUCCAGGCGUCUGAGAAACUCUUCAAACUCAAAGCCCCCAUCUGGUAUCUGCGCUCGCUGGUGGAGACCAUCCUCAUAUACCAGCAAUUCAAGAAGCCCGGUGCGGAGCAGCCGGCGCCCAAACAGGAGCUGGUGGAUUUCUGGAUGGACUUUUUGGUGGAGGCGACCAAGAGAGACGUCUCCUCCGUCCGAUUUCCUGUGUUGAUUCUGGAGCCCACUAAAGUGUACCAGCCUUCAUAUUUGUCCAUAAACAAAGAUGUAGAUGACAACUUGGUGUCUAUCUGGCACGUUGCUCCUGACGACAAGCACAAAGGAAUUCACGAGUGGAACUUCAGCGCCACAUCAGUCCGAGGUGUCAGCAUCAGCAAGUUUGACGAGCGCAGCGCCUUCCUCUAUGUGCUGCACAAUGCCGAGGACUUCCAGAUCUACUUCUGCACGGAGAUGCACUGCAAAAGAUUCUGCGACCUGGUCAACAGCAUCACUGAGGAGACCUGGAAAGGUCCGGAGGAGGGAGACUGCGACAAUGACGCCUUAGAGUACGACUAUGAGUACGACGAGCUCGGAGAGAGGGUGGUUCUGGGGAAAGGCACGUUCGGGGUGGUGUACGCGGGCCGAGACCUCAGCAACCAGGUCCGACUGGCCAUCAAGGAAAUACCAGAGAAAGACAGCAGGUACUCUCAGCCGCUGCACGAGGAGAUCGCCCUUCACAAGCACCUGAAGCACAAGAACAUCGUCCAGUACCUCGGCUCCAUCAGCGAGAACGGCUUCAUCAAGAUCUUCAUGGAGCAGGUCCCCGGAGGGAGUCUGUCGGCGCUGCUGCGCUCCAAGUGGGGCCCGCUGAAGAACAACGAGUCCACCAUCGGCUUCUACACGCGACAGAUCCUGGAGGGGCUCAAGUACCUGCACGACAACCAGAUCGCCCACAGAGACAUCAAAGGUGACAACGUGCUCAUCAACACCUACAGCGGCGUCCUGAAGAUUUCCGAUUUCGGCACGUCCAAGCGGCUGGCUGGGAUCAACCCCUGCACGGAGACGUUCACAGGCACACUACAGUACAUGGCUCCGGAAAUCAUAGACCAGGGGCCCCGGGGAUACGGUAAACCGGCCGACAUCUGGUCCCUCGGCUGCACCAUCAUCGAGAUGGCGACCGGCAAGCCGCCUUUCUACGAACUGGGAGAACCACAGGCGGCCAUGUUCAAGGUUGGCAUGUUUAAGAUUCACCCGGAGAUCCCGGAGUCCAUGUCGCUGGAGGCCAAGGCCUUCAUCCUGCGCUGCUUCGAGCCCGACCCGGACCGGCGCGCCACCGCGCUCGACCUGCUCACCGACGAGUUCCUCACGGUCACCAGCCGCAAGAAGAAGGGCAAGGGCAGCUUCGCAGCUCUGUCACCGGGCUCAGAGUACCUGCGCAGCAUCUCCCUGCCGGUGCCCGUGGUGGUGGAGGACACCAGCAGCAGCAGCGAGUACGGCUCCGUCUCCCCGGACAACGACCUCAACACCAACCCCUUCAUCUUCAAGCCCAGCAUCAAGUGCUACAGCGAGAGGGAUGUCAAGGGGCCCAGGUCCCUCUUCCUCAGUAUCCCCGUGGAGAACUUCGAGGACCACAGCGCCCCUCCCUCCCCCGACGAGAAGGACUCGGGCUUCUUCAUGCUUCGGAAGGACAGCGAGCGGCGGGCCACCCUGCACCACAUCCUGACAGAGGACCGGGACAAGGUGGUGGCCAACCUGAUGGAGGCCCUCACUCAGGGCUCCGAGGAGACGAAGCUGAAGCCCCAGCACAUCUCCACGCUGGUGGUCAGCCUGGCCGACUUCGUCCGCAUGGCCGACAGGAAGAUCAUCGCCAACACGCUGUCGCAGCUCAAGCUGGAGCUGGACUUCGACAGCACCGCCAUCAGCCAGCUGCAGGUCGUGCUGUUCGGAUUCCAGGAUGCCGUGAACAAAGUGCUGCGGAACCACAACAUCAAGCCUCACUGGAUGUUCGCUCUGGACAACAUCAUCCGCAAAGCUGUGCAGACGGCCAUCACCAUCCUGGUGCCAGAGCUGCGGCCUCACUUCAGCCUGGCCUCAGAAAGCGACCCGGCCGACCAGGAGGACGUCGACGACGACAACGACGGCGAGCCGGAGAGAAGCUCCACCCACCAGAGCCGGGCGCCGCCCGUCGGCGCCCACGACGACACCGUGGCCACGUCGGGCGUCAGCACGCUCAGCUCCACCGUGUCGCACGAGUCCCACGCCGCGCAGCGCUCCGUGAGCAUGGAGCUGGGCCACAUGAAGCUGGAGACCAACAGGCUGAUGGAAGAGCUGCUGGAGAAGGAGAGGGAGUAUCAGGCCAUUCUGCAGCAGGUGCUGGAGGAGAGGGAGCAGGAGAUCAGACUACUGAGGCUGCGAUCUGAGCCCGCAGCAGACGUCCCCGCGUCGUCCUCGUCGUCCUCCGACGAGCUGACGAGUCGGACCGCAGAGAGACGCGAGGACCCGGAGCUGAGCGGCUGGCUGAGGCUCUACGGCGCCGACCAGGACGCCGUCGAAAAGAUACUGAAUGAGGAGUACACGUUGAACGACGUCCUCCACGAUGUGACGAGAGACGACCUGAAGAGUUUGAGACUGAGAGGUGGGAUCCUGUGUAAACUAUGGAAGGCCAUCACAGACUACAGGCAGAAGCCGACCUGAGGCCUUACUGUGCGUGGCAGCAACCACUCGGAGACGCCCCGGACUUCAGUCCCAGGGACGCGCAGUAUUUCUCUCCUUUACCUCAGUAUUUAUAAGAGCAGAGAGACUUUUCAGGAGACACGACCCGUGUUCGCCGCGCGAUGCGCACGGCAGCUCUCCUGUCCUCCGACAAAGACCCCGUCCCCCCCCGACCGGUGGCGUCGCAGUUUUGGAUGUGAGGUCAUUUCUGAAAAAAAGUCACUGAGAAGUGCCACUUGUCUCGUUAACGUCUGACGGACACGGCGCCGCUUUUUGUUACAGCUGCGAUACAAAAUGGAAGAUUCUACCAGUAAAACCUUAAAAAGAAAAUGUCAAAAUGUUUUCUCCUGUUUCUACGAAAUGUACGGUUUACAAGAACUGACCAUUUUCUAAGACAAGCCUGAGAUACAAAAUACUACAUUCAAAACCAUCUGUACUAAUAUAAAUUUUUUUUUAUCACAGGCAUCUCAUCACUACUUUAUUUAAAAUUGAUUUUUUUAAUUUAAUUGUGAUGGUAGUCUGAAGGAUGUCAGCGCAUGCCCUGUUUUGUUUAUUUUAAUUUUUUGUCUGUAUUCUGAGACUUAUUUAAUUUUUUGAUGUUUUUUGAUCCACAUUUCUUUUUAUAUCCCGAAUCUCCCAUUUUUAAUUUUUCAGAAACAUGUAAAUAUUGUUAUAAAAAUUAUAUGUGAAUCACAUUUAAGUACUUUGAAAAAAUAUAUAUAUUGAUAAACAUAGCCUAUAGUAGAAUCUCCACGUGGACCAGACCAAGUCUAUAAUGAACACGUGAAAGAUAAGUGGGUUAUUAUUAUUGUAUUUUCUAUUUGUCACGAAUCAUAGUUGAUAAUAUUCAGUUAGUAAGUAUCGUCACAUCAGAUCGUUUGCUCCCUUUUUAUUGUUGUACACUGACAAAAGUUGUGCUCGUGCGAUAACGAUCAUUCAGCCACGUUCACGUUGUGAUGAAAAUAUGAAAUGCAAAAUGGAGAGAACCUUGACUUUUUUUAAUUUUAUUUCAAAAUGUGAUGUCAGAAAUGGGGGGAAACUAAUCAUGAGCAGUGUUUCCAUUUUGUUUCACGUGUAAAAUGAUUCAAGUUAUUCGUGUGUCAUUGUUAAAAUAAAACUUUUCAUCUUGAAACUGUGAAA